UUAGUAUAACUUCUAAAUGAAGUCCUGAGAUUUUUUUCUUAUUGUCUUCACAAUCACAAAUUAUGGUGAGAGUACAAAAUCCAAUUUAGGCUCAAUGUGGGCUAUGAAAGUGGGCUACCUGAUGUCCACUGCCACACUGGCAUAUCCUGAAAUGCCCCAUGAUUCAAAAGGCUUCAAGGUAACACUGCAGACAAUUUCCAAGUCCAUUCCCCUUGAUUGGGAGUUAAAACAAAGUGUGUUUGCCUUCUCCCAGCACUGUCUCCUGUCCUGUCUGUUUUUAUGAUCCGAGUUUGCGCACUGAGCGCCUCCAUUGUCUGGCCAGCAGCAGCAGCAGCAGCGGCGGCGGAGCGGAGAGCAGCGGAGCGCCGAUCUGAGCGCAGGGGAGCGGCUUCACUGUGACCCCGAUCUCCGGGAAAAUAAGCGACCGCUGGUUGGAGACCACCGGACCGGACAGACAGCGGCGACGUCAUUUUUUUUUUGGGAUUUUUUUUUUUUUUUUGGUCAAAGACGGACCGUCGUUUUUUGGCGGUCAGACAGACAGCAACAGUUGUCACGAUGUCUGAGAUCAGAUGAGGAGAGAGCAGCGGAGUGAACAUUGCGGCGCUGCUGUGAACCGGGCCGGGCGGGAUAAACGUGUUGCUGCAAUGAUACAGCCGUCUUAAUCACCUGGGACAGCGAGGGGAGUGUGGUGUAGCUACAUCUGUUUGUCAUUCUGGGCUUUCGGCGUCAUUCAGCUCGUCAGCCAUCCCCCGGUUGUGUCGAGGUUUUGUCUGCGGGUGAGGUGAAUCCAGACGUCAGGGCGGGCUCAUGUUCCGCUCAGCAGGGAAACGGGCUGUUGCGUCUGCAGAGAGUCAGAGCUGACGAGCCUGCUGAGACACGCGGACAGACAGACAGGCAGGCAGGCAGGCCGAGAGACAGACAGGAGCGAGGGGAGGGGGGCGACAGGCUGUUUCGGCUCUCUCGACCCUUUGCGGAUCGAGCCGAGCCCCCUCCUGUUUCCACCCAGAACCCCCACCCAUUUGUCUCCCGCUUUGGAUGGGGGGAAAGCAGAGCACGGCGGGGCGGCCCCGGGGUGCUUUUCCCGGUGUCUCUACGGAUGACAGCGCGGUGCCACCGUCUGCCCACUUCGGCCACUACCGGCCGAGCGGCACCAUGGGCCUGCGGAGCCGCUCGGUGAGCUCCGUGGCCGGGAUGGGCAUCGAGCACAGUCCCGCCGUGCCCUUCGGCUUCUACACCCCCAGAGGGACGGACUCGGAUCGAGCCGGAGGGGGGUCAGGGGGCACUACCGCCGCCCCCCACGGUACCGGCUACCAGGACACUGGGGGCGGAGGGCACCACACGGACGGGGUGCUCUAUCUGGGAUCCCGGGGGUCGCUGGCUGACACCUUGCCUCUGCACAUCGCACCCCGCUGGUUCAGCUCACACAGCGGAUUCAAGUGUCCUGUCUGCUCCAAGUCUGUGGCGUCCAGUGAAAUGGAAGUUCACUUCAUCAUGUGUCUAAGCAAGCCUCGCCUCUCCUACAAUGAUGAUGUGUUGGCGAGGGAUGCCGGUGAGUGUGUGAUCUGUCUAGAGGAACUGCAGCAAGGGGACACCAUAGCCAGACUGCCGUGCCUCUGCAUCUACCACAAAAGCUGUAUAGACUCAUGGUUUGAGAUCAAUCGGUCCUGCCCUGAACACCCCUCUGACUGACGGCCCACCAGGCCCACUAUGAAUACUGUUCAAGGACAUCUCGUGGUCCUGCCAUGGAUAUCUGGACACAGAAGCAACCAAAUCUGAUGAAACAAUCAAAGCGAUCAACACAUACUUAUUCUGACAGAAUCCAUCAUCCUAACCAAGAUAAUUAUUCCUCGUGAACUGAACCAAAAAAAACGUGACUGUCAAACCAUCAUACAUUAAAGGGCCCCCCCACCCCAGCCCUCCAUUUAACGUCUGCUGAAGAGACUGCUUACAAACAACCCCCCACCUGCCCUUCCAUCCUCCCCUUCCACUUCUCCAGGCUAACAGUCUGGAGACAUCCCUUACAGGGCUUCAUCGGCCUCAACCCCCCCCCUCCUUAACUCAAGUGGCCAGUUGCCUCCCUGAUGUGCUCAGGUCCUCACAGGCCUCCAGCAGCUGGCCUUCCAUCUUGUAUGUGGAUCUAGGCCUGUCAGUCAUUAGUGUCCAGCCCUCCCAUGGCCUUAACUGGGGAGGGGAGAGGAAGCAGAGCAGGGAGGUGGCAGGAGGGAAGAGGCAGGAAACCUUGCGCAAGGAAGAUGGAAGGCGACGAGGAUGAAAAGGAGGAGGAGGAGGAGGAGGAGGAGGAAAGUGACGAAUGGAGGAUUGUUGAGCUGCAAAAGUUGCUUUGAGAAACAGACGUGUACAUUAUUUGGUGGGCCUCUCAUCUCACAACAGGACUCCAACUUGGUGACGUCCUCUCAAAACAGACUGGAUCCGGGUGUGCUUCUUUCUCAUAGAUCCUGCCUCAGUUCUGCGCCCAUCCUCAACAAUUUGACUCAUAAUGAUCAAAUCAAAAAGUCCCCAAAAUGCUUCUUGGAUCUGAUUUGUGCGCAUCUGGGCAGGCAGGGAGGGAUGGAGGGUAAAAAAAAACAAAAACAAACUGGGAUGUUAGCUUGUCUUCUAUAUACAGGAUGGAGGGGUGUUAAGAUGGACUAAGGGUGGAGAGGAGCAGUCUGAGCAUGCUCAGUUCUGAUUGGGAGGGAGGAAGGGGCCAGCAAUGUAGUUUAUGCUCCUACUGUGUACCGUGUGUAUUUGGGAUGCCCCAGUGUCAGGCUUCACCCGGUAUGUGUAUGUACACUGUGUGUGUGACAACAUAGCUUUUGCUGAAGCCUAGUGUGUGGUGUGUGUGUGUGUGUGUGUGUGUGUGUGUGUGUGUGUGAGACAGCGUGAAAGGUCAGUGUAGAGGGCUGACUGGGACAGUGCUGUGUGUGUCUGUGUAUUGAAAUGUUUACAGUCUAGAUGUCCAUGUUCCCUGUGUGUGUGUGUGACUGGCAGUCCUCCCUUUACUUUGCUGAUGUUUACAGCUACAGAGAAGCGACAUAUUGUAAAUUACACACAUAACCUCUUUUGGUUCUUUCUUUUUAGAUCUGCCAGAUUCUUCAUGUGAUCAUGAUUAGUCAUUUUCUCGUGAGAGCCUUGAGUGUGAGAGCGUGUGUCUCCGUGCAUAUGACUGUUUGUGCAUGUGUGUUUGAGUGUGUGAUUCAAAAGGCGCCCCUUGGUCUAUGCUACUGUUGGUUCCCAACAUUGUGUUUCUGCUAGAGUAGGUCUGGCUGACUGCGACUGGAGACGUGAGCCACUCAGACCCGAAAAAGGACUCUGUAGUCCCACUGUGGAUCCACUGAAUGGGGCUUAUUUAUUCAUUUGUUCAUAUUUAACAAUAUUUGUUUAAUAUUCCAAUCAUGUGAGGUGUUACUCACUCUUCAGAAUGCCAAGAGCUGAUGUAUGAAGACUACUACAAAUCAACAUACAAACAAACUGCAUUUACAAAGCUACUGUAAACAAAUGGUGGAAUAAAUUGUGCUAGAUGACAGACUCUAUAUUCAACUUUCAUUCUGUGACCCAGAUACAACAUAUACAAAGUGAACAGCACUGGGUUUCCCAUCAAACAUCUUAGUCCUGAGAUUAUUGUCGUUCCUAUAGAAACACAGUAUGUAUUAUACCUGUAUAUUAACGGGGCAUGGUGUUACAGUUAAGGAAAAAUCCACCCUUGAAUCAUCUCCCACUCUGACAUCAAUCAGAAAUGCUCAACACACUCCAGGAGUUAUUUUGGGAUUGAAUGUGAUGUAUCCACUUUCUCUAAACAGGCUGUGUGUAAUCUUAUUUCAUUUGGUCAUUUUACUACAUUUCCCAGAAUGCCUUUUGACAGGAGGAAGGAGGAGGAAAAGGGCUGUAGAAGGGACAUGUGUAUACGCAUAGAGUAUGGGUAUAACUGUCUACUACUAUAAUUACAACUACUUAUUGAACAUUGGGGAACAAUAGUGGCCGGGCUGAGAGAGUUGUGAGGUGUGAGGAGCUGCUGGUUCCAAAAUAUCUUUUCCCCAAUGUAAAAUCCCAUUCAAGAUUUCUUUAAAUGAUUUCCUCAAUGUUUCUCAACAUGGAAAAUGGCAAAUAAUGAAUGUAUAAUUUAACAAUACUAUAAGUUUAUGUUAUUUCCAUCAGUUUUAAUUAUUUGUUUCUUAUACCUUCAACUUUUUAUCAAAGAACCAGAUAUUUUCUAAUGCCUAAAAUAACUCUUCCCUUGGUAACUCUUACUCAAAGCAUGAUAUGUUUUGAAGGAGGGGAAAAAAUCCACAUUGGUACCCUUGAUUCUGAAAAUGAAUAACAAAUCUGCUAUCAAACUCCAUUAUAGAUACUGGUAAUAUCCCAGUUUGACAUCACUUUGUCGACGUUUGGCUAGCUAUCAACAGGAAGAGAUUCAAUAUACCAAACAUUAAAUCUGAGCCAGAAAUGCAUCACAGAUACAUGACAAGCUGCUGUUGAAACAUUCAAGUGUGGAUUCUUCCUCGAACAUUUCUUCUUUGCACUCUAUGAUAAAUAAUGUUGAAACGGUCACAACAAAAAGGACAUGUUGGUCCCAACUCUUAAACCCUUGAGCACUGUUCCACUGUUGUAAGUCAGUGUGUAGGAGUUGGACUUAUUGCUAAGAUGCUUUCAGGGAAACCCAGCUUUUGGGAGAAUUUUCAGACCAAAUCUUGAAUGUUGGCAGAAAACCUCUGAGCUGAGAGCUUCCUAACAGCUUCAGAGCACUACGACUAUCUUUCUUUUUUACCAACAGAUGCUGCAUGAUCUAAUAUCUUUUGUUUGGGGUGUAACUUGAGGAAUCCAGUCAAUAUCCUUGGUACCCGUGUGUAUGUUUAUGUGUGUGUGUAUGUGUGGAAAAAGAGGUGUCUGGUAGCCAUCCACACUAUAUCGUGAUCUUUUUAAUCUAUCAAUCAUUUUAAUUCUUGAGGUACACUUUGAACUCAAUUAAAAUGAUUGGCGGUGAAGUUGUCACCCCUUGCUUUUAUCCCUGGGUUUUAUUACUCUAUAGUCACCUUUAUAGCUGUUAAUACCAGGAAGUAUGAAAUUUAACACAAUUGAAUGCAGUCAACUCCCAAAGGGGCCUCUGUAGUGCUCUGAAGCUGACAGGAAAACUGCCUCAGAUGUGAUAAGUUGGGAGUUAACCAUUUACACAAUAGAGGCUGCUCUGUACUCAUACUGCCAUAGUCAUGAGGAUUUCUAUUUCCUGUAAAAGAUGGAUGUUAAAGUCAACGCAGUCCAUUUUGGGGACCUUUAUCAUGAGAGCCUUUUCAUAAACUUUACUUGAAGUGCAUUACGAGGCAUUAUAAGGACUGUAAACAUAUAUGUAUGUAUACAUCACUGUAUGUUAGCUUAAAGCUGCUCUAGUCAAAAUUAUUAGAUAAACAAUGGAUUAAAUGACUAAGUGUAAUGUGAAAGCGGUCACUCAGAGUGCUGAACCCACAAAGAAUUAUCACCCAACUCUCAGGCAGCUGUUUUCAGUGAAGAAAGCUCUGAUAAAUCCACCUGCUACCUGCCCAAAACGCUGACAGACAAAGUCAGCAACUAGCAGGUGAAUAUAGUGGAGCAUUUAGCAGCUAAAGAGCUUGAUGUUAAAGCUGCAUUAACCAAUAUUUUUUAUUAACAAUGGGUCAAAUGACUACAUGUAAUGUGAAAGGUGUCAUCUGUAGUGCUAAACCUACAAAGAAUUAUCUUCUGACUCUGCAGUUCCUCUCAGCUCUACGAAGCUUUUUAGCUUCUUUCAGCUCAUUGUUUGGUUUUACAGCCCACAACUUUUGUUUUGGUUCACGCUCGCCCACUAACAUCAACCUUGUUUCCAGCCACAGCAAGCAGCUGUUUUUAGCAAGAAAGCUUUGAUAAACUCCCUGCCCAGCACUUAAUGGCAGACCGACCAAGUUACUGACUAGCUGGGAACAUAGAGGAGCAUUUAGCGGCUAAAGGGAGAGAUAUUUCACUCAGGAGUUAUGGGAGCUAACUCAAAACUGAGCUAAAAGGAGAGUGAAUGUUGGACUUAGAUUCAUCAGACUGCCAGAAACAAAUGAAUAAUUCCAAAUGAAUGCUGAUGUUACUCUGUGUCUGAUGGAUGUGUAAAUAGGCAACUGUUCGCUAAUACGUCAGCCAUAAAAACUUAAGAAGGUGAUAAUAUGUCAUUGUUGUGGUUUUUAGCUUGUUCCACUGCCCUCAAGUGGCCACAAAAUUGAUUAAUGCAGCUUUAAUAAUUACAUUCAGAAAGCAAUCAGCAUUAGAAUGUAUGAUGACAAAGAUUAAAGCUGCAUUGGGCAUGUAAAACGUUUUCUCAGAAACAAAAUUACCAAGUGGGAGGCAUGAUGUCCCAUCAAAAGUACUUGAGACAAUGUUAAACAAAUAAAGUUCUUGUGUGAGGGCAUGGUCACGUCUUCGCCCAAAGAGUGGUGAAUUGACUCUUAAGAAUUAAAAGUUUAUAUUUUAAAUCUUUUUCCUCUGUCACUGCUUGGCUGUCCUAAGUAUCCCACACUGGCUGGUUUGGUAAACAUGAGCAAGCUUUGUGACUUCACUUUAGAGAAUUUUUAGGAACUCAAUUUCAUAUUUUGUUAAAGAGAUGCCUCUUGUUGCCAUUUGGAGCGGCCAUCAUGUGAUGUCUAAUACAGCUUUAGUGGAGUUUGAAUGUGGUAUGAAACUGUUUUCGGCAGAAAGCAUUCAAUCCCACUGGAGUUUUUUCCUUAUUAUAUCACAUCUAAUAUUAAAGCACUUGUGAACAUAAUGUGGUUAUGAUGCCUCGUGAGCACCGCUUCAAAUAAAGUGUUACAAGCCUGUUAGAGCUGAGAUCAUCCCUGUUCCUUAUUAGGGCCAUGACACAUGGAGGAUUCGAGACAGAGGGCAGUGUUAGCUUCAGCAAGGAUGGGGAUCAACAUCAUGGUGCAUAACAGUGGGCCGUAAGAAGCCAAAUAAUAAUGGUAACUGCUAACCUCAUUGCCUAUUUGUGUGACACACAAUGUUCCCUGUGUAUCAUGGCCCGCAGCUAAUGAAGGGGGAUGAUCUCCUUGGGAAAUAACGUGUGCUUUAGUCUGGUUUGCAGAGUGAAAAUCUCUAAUGAGUCUCUCAGACUGCUGCUACAGUCGACAGUAGGCCCACUGUACCGCCUGCCUGCCCACACAGCUCGGACACACAGCUUCAAGAAUACAGUACCUUCAUUUACUAUGGCUUUAUUUCAUUUGACCUCUUUUAGUUCAUGACUUAUUUUACUUUCCGAGGAUGUGAAUGGCUGCCUGCUUUUUGGGGCGCCAACUAACAUGUCUGAUGACUUUGAUGUGCAAUCUGUGGGAUGAGUAAUAAUAAUGACAUAUAUAAUAAUCAAUAAUAUUAAAAAUGUCAAAAUAA